AGAGACAAGUUCACUGUAGUGCACUGGAAUAAUCACAAUGUCGACACCGAAAGAUUUAAGCCAAAUACCAGCGGAUGAACUGAAGCAGUUUGUAGAUUCGUUCGACGAUGUGUUUUGCGACUGUGAUGGCGUCAUUUUUAUUCUGAUGAAAGUGUUCGAUGGCGUGCCAGAUACUAUUUCGACCCUAAAGAGUUUGGGCAAAAGCAUACGUUAUGUGACGAAUAACUCCAGCAUGCUGCGCGACGAUUUUGCUAAAAAACUUCAAAAGCAGGGAAUCGAGUGCGAAAAGGACGACAUUAUUAACCCGUGCAGAGCAAUCAUCGAUCAUCUGAAAGCCGCCAAUUUCGAAAAGAAAGUGUACAUGAUCAGUUUGCCAAGUUUGCGCCAGGAAUUCGAAGAGUCGGGUAUCAAAAUUGCUAAUAAAUAUGGGGCCGAAUUAUGCGAGGUCAAUGCUACGUCGUUUCUGCAAUGCAUACAGGAGUACGAUAAUGAUGUGGGAGCCGUUGUCGUGUGCUUCGACUUCAACAUGACUUACUUGAAUUUGAACAGAGCUUUGAGAUACAUAACUAACCCGGACGUGAAGUUUCUUGCCACCGGUUAUGACCAGAGGAUCAUCUUCAGUCCAAAUCAAUUUUGCAUGGGACCGGCAUUCUUCCACGACCUACUUCAGAGCGCUUCCGGAAGGACGCCUAUAUGGCUAGGAAAACCCCGAGAUGAUUUUGUCGAGUACAUUAAGAAUCAACCUAAAUGUAAUCCCGAAAGAACCUUAUUUAUCGGCGACAGUUUAGAACAGGACAUGGGUUUCGCACAUAAAUUAGGUUUCACCAAAUUGCUCGUAUUGACCGGCAACACUACUCUUGAAGAUUUGAAGAACUGUGAUAAGGAAAUGCUGCCAGAUUAUUACAUCAGCAGCAUGGCAGAACUUGGAAAAUUACUUAAAAAUAAUUUCUAAUGCGCAUUCUUAUUGCAUUACUCUAAACUAGUCCUAUUAUUUUAUUCUAUUGAUAUAAUUUAUAUCCUUUGAACAACAAAC